AUGGCUGAAGGGGAUUCUAAAAACCUCGAUGAAAGUGUCUCAUUUUUGGCGAAUCCAAUACGCACCGAAAUGUUGGAUGAUUCGUUUAGAAAUGUCAAAUUUAUUUCUGAUGACUCAGAAAGUCUCUCAAGACUGAGAAUUGAUAAUUUUAACUUACGACUUUUAUGCCAUAAAUAUGAGGAAGUUUUUAAUAGAGGCCAAGUUAACAAUAUGGGACUACGUAUGUACCAGGCUGAAAAAAAUAUCGAAAAUUUACGAAAUCAGUUAAGCAAUGCUUCAGAAGUAAUAUCAUCGCUGAAGCAAGAAAAUGACAGCCUUAAAAAGGAUAAUGAGGAAUGGAGUGAAAAGCUUGAAUCCAGUGAAGUUGAAUGGCGGAAGAAGUAUGAUUUGCUCUUUUGUGAGUUCGAAGAACUACAAUCUUCACAAAGAAGAGUGGAAAAUCGAUGCGAAACAGUGGAAUGGGAAUCCUCCCGACUUGAAAAUGUCAAAAAUUCAGAAAUUGCAACUCUUCAGCAAAAGUUAUCUUCUGCUGAAUCACAAAUAGCUAUUUUGGAAGCGGACUUAACUGAAUUACGUAGCAAAAUGAAUACCUCUAAUCUUUAUGACGAUAAGGAGAAUUCGUCCCUUCUUCUAAAUUUCAGUGCCCUUUUGGAUCCCCUGUCAUCACCCAUCAAGAAUAAUAACACGAGUCUGCAGCGUCGCUACUCUGCCGCCCAAGAGAUGCUGAAAUCCCUCAAAUCCAAUUGUGACUCCUUGUCAUCUGAUCUCACCUCCUGCAAGCAAGAACUCGCUCUGUCUGAGAACAAGCUGCGUCUUAUUUCGAAACAGUAUGAGGAGGAGAAAGCGGCCCAUUUGAAGGAUCUAGAGAAGAGAGAUGAGAUAGAGAAUGGUCUUUUUGAUCGAAUUGAACAUCUUCUUAGCGAGAACCAACUAUUGGCUGAGGUGAAGGACGAUCUUUCGAGAAAAGUCAGACAAUUUAAAGAAUCGGAAACGCGUUUAAAGGAAACCUAUACGAUAGAAGUGAAAAAGCUCAAUAGGGUUCGUUGUCUCUCUCUAUUUUUAUUUAAAUAUUUUUCGAAAAUAGGAUUUAACCCUUAA